AUGACCAAUAAGUUAAUGAUUUACCCUAGAGGGGAGGAGCGGAUUUUUUUUCGCUCAAUAAUUCAACUUUCGUUGUCCUAUCAUACCAUAGAAGAUCGUGGAAAGCACCAACAUGCCUUAAUUUUCCUCUCGACCGCCAGGGUUAGGGUUAUGGUGGACUCGCUGACCAACAGGAGAGAGGGCUUGGCUGUCGAAAAAUUGGAUUCGCCAGCCCCGCCAGCACCUUUUUUCUUGUUGCAGGAGAGUCACCCAUCCUCUUCUCUCUCGCGGUUGUCGUGCUGUCUUCUCUCUCUCCAGCCUGCCCUACUUUUUUCCCCCUCUCCCCUCCCCUUUUCUUUUUCGCUCUCACUCUUCCCGGCUUUUUUUGCCUCACCCAAACAAAAACUUCAUCCACUUCGUUCAUCCGCCUCGACCUCCAAUUUCCAUACAAAGGGCUCCCUCAUCGUCGCCUUUUCUAGUCUCUCGCAUACAAACCUUUAG